AUCUCCUUCAAUUAACGUGGACGAUGGGACAUGGUCUAUUUCUCAUUUCCACCAAUAUUGGAACCGUGAACAUGGAGAAGAUCCUAAACAGAACUACUUUAAGAGUGCGGACGCGCUUGAAAAAAGUCUUCGUGCAAUUUUCUUACAAGAGCUUAGAUUCCAGAAAAAUAGAGAAAGCUAA